UAAUAUUAUAUCAUAUAUUCAAAUAUUGCUUAGCACUACUAAGAAUUUGAUAUGAGUAUCGAAAAAUUAGUCUAUAUAAGUCUUUGUAAAUUUCGCACGAAUACUAAAAAUCUGAGCUAAAACACAGCGAUAAACUCACAAAUGCGAAACGCCGAUUUCGAUAAACUCCACAGGUGUAUAAAAGCACUACGCGCCCACGGGAACGCAUUCAGUUGUGCCAGUGACUUACUAUGUGUCAAUUUAGUGGACAAUUAGUUAUGCAAUUAAUAUUAUGUUUGGCAUUUGGCCAUAUUUAUGGCCAACAAAUGUUCGAGCGUAUUGUUGGCGGGAGUUCGGUGAUGCAAAAAAAAUAUCCAUAUUAUGUGCGUCUGCACUAUCGGGGAGAGUUCAAUUGCGGCGGUUCGUUGGUGCGGAAUAAUGCUGUACUCACGGCAGCACACUGUGUGAAGGACCCCAGUGGGAAGGACCUCAGUGUGGAGGCACUGAGCGUACACGCGGACACCAUAAAUUUGGGCGACACUGGAGUGGUGAGAACGAUCAAGUACGCGCUGGUUCCAGAAGUAUACGAUGCGAAGACACUAAAUUAUGAUGUAGCGGUGUUGAUACUCUCCUCUGCCAUACCGAGUGCAAGUUUAUCGGUGAUACCAUUGGAUAAGAGCGCGGUCGCUGCCGGUACGAGGUGCCUAGUUAUUGGUCAUGGGGACACCGAAGAAAAGACGCCGGUCUUCUCACGACAAUUACAAGAGAUCCAAGUACCUGUCGUGAGUCGGGCAGUUUGUCAGCGCGAAUAUUACGGUAUCCGCGUUAUUACACAAUAUAUGAUGUGCGCUUCGGAACCGGGCAAAAAGGAUUCGUGUACGGGUGAUUCUGGCGGUCCGAUGAUAUGCAAUGGUAAACAGGCUGGCAUUGUUUCGUGGGGUGAGGGUUGUGGGCGUGUCGAAUAUCCGGGCGUUUACACAGAUAUAAGCAAGGUGUAUGGUUUCAUUGAAAACACACUUAAAAUGUAUCCGUAAGUAGGAAGUGGAACUGAAUUGUAUGUUUUUGCAAUAAGUACUGUUAUCUUUGCUUGACUUAAUGCCAUUACGAUUAAAGAUAUUGUAAUUAUUUAAAUGCAGUAAUUAUUAAAAAUAAAUUAAAUUUCAAUUAAUUGUAACUUAAUUAUAAACAACAUUUGUUAAUAAACGUUAUAGUCACUUUUUACAUACAUACAUAUGUAUGUAUGUAUCUUU